AUGCCGCCUCCGCCAGAUCUAUCCCACCACAUCCUCCCCGAGCCCGUCUCCAGAGAAAUCUUCCAGACACAGAUCCUCCCCGCCGACCUGCCCGCCACACUAACCCCGCACCCCACCCGAGCCCGGCCCUUGGCGGUGCUCAUCGUCGGCCAAACCGGCGCUGGCAAAACCCGCACCGCCCCGGCCGUCCUCUCCGCCAUGAACCGCAUCAACCCCCCGGCGCACUUCAUCGCAGACGUCUACAAGGCCCACCACCCUUCCUACCUGACUCUCAUCUCCUCUCCGAACCCCGCGCACGCAUCGCCGGCCACCGGCCCAGACGCGCGCAAAUGGCUCGCCAUGGCCGCGGCGGAGGCCAUCUCCCGCAAGCUGGACGUGCUCCUGGAGAGCGCGUGUCGGCACCCAGACGACUUUCGCGACCUGGCGAGGAUGUUUGGGGAGGCGGGGUACCGCGUCGAGGUCGUCGUGAUGGCUGUCCCCGCGGCGCUGAGUCGGUUGGGGAUCCUGCACCGGUUCUAUGAGAGACUGCCGGAGGCCGGGAGCGGCAAUCUGCCCAUCAGGCUCACGCCGGUCAAGAUUCAUGAUGAUUCAUAUGCUGGACUGAUGAGUGUUGCGGAGUGGAUUGAUGAGGUGGACUACAUUGACAGGGUGCUCGUUGUGAGACGUGGAAACCUGGUUGUUUGCUCUGAUGACAACAAUGAGACAGGUAAGCUUAGUGGCAAGGUUGCGGAAGCGUUAAGGAGGGAAAGGGAAAGACCGCUCACCGCGGAGGAGAGAAAGGUUGCUGUAGCGGACCUGGAGAAGUUAGAAGCCCGAGAUGGCAAGUUGGCAGUGGAAGUCAAAGGUCUGUUUGAACCGUUACUCAGGUCAGAAGAGCAGGGAUAUCCAGAGCUGCUACCGUUAGAGUUUCCACCCAGUACAAGGAAGGAUGCUCUGCUUACGCUGGGUGAGGUAUGA